UAGAGAAGCAAAAGUGGAAGAUUCCGGAAAAUAUUUAUGCGUUGUUAAUAAUUCCGUUGGUGGAGAAAGUGUGGAAACGGUGCUGACUGUGACAGCUCCAUUGAAAGCAAAAAUCGACCCCCCGAUUCAAACGAUCGAUUUCGGAAGACCUGCCGUGUUUACUUGCAAGUUUGAAGGUAAUCCCAUCAAGACUGUCAGCUGGUUGAAAGAUGGCAACCCAAUCGACCACAGCGAUCCAGUUCUUAAAAUUGAAGCUGUGCGCAAAGAAGAUAAAGGAAUGUACCAGUGCUUCAUCAGGAAUGACCAGGAAAGUGCGGAAGCUACGGCGGAGCUGAAACUAGGAGGACGAUUCGAACCACCCCAAAUCAGGCACGCUUUCAACGAAGAAACUGUUCAGUCAGGUAACUCCGUCUUCAUGAAGUGCAUCGCAUCCGGCAAUCCUACUCCUGAAAUCACGUGGGAACUGUACGGUCGUCGGCUCGCGAAUAGUGAUGUGUAUCAAAUCGGCCAAUAUGUUACAGUGAAUGGUGAUGUAGUGUCUCAUCUAAAUAUCAGUUCGAUUCAUACCAAUGAUGGUGGUUUGUACAGGUGCGUGGCUAGCAGCAAAGUGGGUUCGGCAGAUCAUUCGGCUCGUAUUAACGUGUACGGAUUACCGUUCGUCAGGAGUAUGGAGAAGCAGGCUAUCGUUGCCGGAGGUACCUUGAUCGUGCACUGUCCAUUUGCUGGUCAUCCUGUGGAAGCCGUUGUAUGGGAAAGAGGUGAGUAA